AUGGCCAUUCACCAGGCAAAGCAGUUGAAGGACCACCUAAAACACAGCGGCUUUCACUUAACUAAGUGGAUGUCAAACUUAAAAAGAGUUAUUACUGCAAUCCCACACGAGGACAGGAGUCCUCCUGUUAAAGAUAUUGAUCUGACGAAACAGGACCUACCAACUGACAGAGCCUUGGGGGUCCUGUGGAGCCUAAAGAAUGAUGUGCUUCAGAUCAGAGUAACUGUACAGGACAAGCCGAUCUCAAAAAGAGGUAUGCUAAGCAUUAUGGGCUCAGUAUAUGACCCGCUCGGCUUGUUAGCCCCAUUCACGGUGAGAGAAAAGAUGAUCUACCAAGAGGAAGUGAGACGUCAUAGAGGAUGGGAUGAAGAGCUUGGCUAA